AUGGCCUCUGGUCAGCACUCCUCUAGCUCCCCUCAGAGGCAUCGGCUGGGGGAGCACUGGAGUGGAGCCAAUCCCAUUCCAACCAUCCACCACUUCAUGGAACAUAUUGAUGCCGACAAGAAAGAACGCGAUCGCAGAAUUGAUGAAGAAAAGAGAAUUAAGCAGGCGGAGGCCGCUCGUGCAAAGGCUCGGGAAAGAGCCGGGGAGCUACCAGAACAGCCGGAGCAAGCAGAGGGAGAUGCUGUCGCUCAUAAGGUCCGUGAGGUGUCGCAGGCCAAGAUACGUACCGUGACAGAUCCGACGACGGGCAAAGAUAUCGGGGUUGAAGACCAAGACGAGACAUCUAUGGAAGCUGUAAAGGAGCCAGUGUUGACGGUCCCGAAUGCAAAUCUUGGAAAAGAUACGCCCCUUCGGACAAGUGCCGAUCAAGACCUUGCAGAGUAUAAGGAAAACCAAGACAUGACAGCACCCCCCGAUCCUAUCGCCGAAGGCACGACUUCUGAUGUUCCCAUUCGAGGAGAGAAGACAAAUGUGCUUUUCCACCCCACGCCGACUGUUUCCUACCAGCCAAUGUUUGAGGCAUUGGAAAAGCGUGCGACAAUACUCUGCAUCGGAAUAUCUUUUGCCGUUAUUGUACUCGGACGAAUAUUUGGGGGAUCUUUAUGGGGUCUUAUUCCCCUGGCUUUCUGUAUCACAAGUGGCGUAUGGCUAUGGAUGCAGGAAGUCAUUCGCAGCGGUCGAGAAAUGGAAUGGAGCAGUGAGCAAGUUCGAGGCCAGAUGGCCACUGCCAACCUUCUCCCUGAAUCUGUCGAGUGGCUGAAUAGUUUCCUUGGUGUCAUUUGGGGGCUUGUCAACCCAGAGAUGCUGACCCCAAUGGCCGACACAAUCGAAGAUAUCAUGCAAGUAUCUGCCCCCAAGAUCGUCGAGAAUGUCCGAAUCGCAGAAAUCGAUCAGGGUAACAACCCCCUCCGAAUUCUCAGCAUGCGGGCCCUCCCGGACGACCAUGUUCAGGAUUUGAAGGACAAUAUCCACAGGGAAAACCAAGAGAACAAGGAUCCACAAGAAGCGGCUGCUGCUGAGGAGGGUGGGAGCUACUACAACCUGGAAGCCUCCUUCGGUUAUCACGCGAAGCCUACUGCUCAGACUGCUUCCUCCAAAGCUCGCAAUAUGCACAUGCAAUUGGUCUUUUAUCUUGGUAUCCGAGGCUUAUUUGGUGUGCCAUUUCCUGUCUUCGUGGAGCUAAUUGAGUUGGUUGGAACUGUUCGCAUGCGCUUUCAAAUGAUGCCUGAAGCCCCUUUCAUGAAGGAUGUGACUUUCACAUUGGUUGGCAUCCCUCACGUCAGGGCAGGUUGCAUACCGAUGCUCCGAAACGGAGUGAACGUUCUCAAUCUACCCUUGAUCUCCAACUUUGUCAACUCUGCCAUUGCUACAGCAUGUGGCAUGUUUGCAGCUCCCAAGUCAAUGACCAUGGAUCUUGGCAUGAUGCUGACAGGGGAUGACAUUCAUAAAGAUACCCUGGCUCUGGGUGUUAUGUGGAUUCGUAUUCACCGUGCCGUUGGUUUGAGCAAACAAGAUGCUCGCGGCAGUGAGGGUGGUGGCAGCGACCCCUACAUCAACCUGUCCUUCUCGAAGUACGGCAAGCCUAUGUAUUGUACACGUGUGAUUACGGACGACCUUAACCCAAUCUGGGAAGAGACUGCUGCCCUUCUGGUCACACCUGAAUUGAUUAAGGCGGACGAGAACUUGAGUAUCGAGCUCUGGGACUCUGACCGCAAUACUGCGGAUGAUAUAGUCGGCAAGGUCGAGCUUCCGAUCCGUGAGAUGCUGCAGCACCCCAGUCGGAUGUAUCCCCAGGUAUCGAAGCUCAAGGGUAUGGAUGAAGGGAGCGAAAUGCCCGGAGAGCUUCAUUGGGAAGUUGGAUAUUUCGGAAAACCUAAGAUCCGCCCAGAGCUGCGAACAGAUGGUCAGAAGAAGGAUUUGCCCGAGAACCUCAAGGGUAAUCCAACUUUCGAAGACGAGAAGGGUACUAUCAACAACGACGAAGAGGACGCAGUUAUGCACACGCCGCCUGAUCCUAUCUGGCCCAGCGGUAUUGUCCACAUUGUUGUUCACCAGAUUGUCAACCUUCAACUUGCCAAUAUCAAGGGCAGUGAUGGGAACCGAAAGGGUAAGGAGUACGAGCCAGCCAAGCCAUAUGGUGAAAACACAGAGGAGCAGGGCGAUGAUCUCCCAACGAGUUACUGCAAGGUGUUACUUAAUGAUCAACUGGUUUACCGCACUCGUGCAAAGGCUGUGAGCUCCAAGCCCAUCUUCAAUGCAGGAACUGAACGAUUUGUUCGCGACUGGCGUUCAGCUGUCGUGACUAUCACCGUGCGAGACCAACGCUAUCGCGAGCAUGACCCCAUUCUCGGCAUUGUUCCUCUCAAGUUGUCCGACAUUCUCCAAACUAGCUCACAAGUCACUCGCUGGUAUCCUCUCGAUGGUGGCAUUGGGUUCGGCCGUAUUCGCAUCUCUCUCCUGUUCCGCCACGUAGAGACCAAACUGCCACCAACAAUGCUCGGCUGGGACGUUGGUACCUUCGAAUUCGCUGGACAACAGAUUACCGCAAAGGACUACGGUCGCCAUACUAAGAUUAAGCUGCGUACCGGCGGCAGCACUGGCAAGAUCACCCGACACAAGUGCCAUCUACAAGACAGCGAUGCAAUCUUCGAUACCUCUGACAAAACUUUCCGCGACUCACUCCGCAUGCCAGUGAAGUACCGGUACCGAUCACCGAUUGUGUUCGAAUUCCAUACCCAGGGCAAGCGAGGCGCAGCCGCAUACUCUGUUCUGUGGCUCCAGCAUCUCAUCGAUAACGAAGAAACAGACAUCGACCUUCCCAUCUGGACAACGAAGAUGGGCGCCCGCUUGACGCAGAACUAUAUCACUGAGGAGAAUUGGAAGGCUAAGCGCACACCCGGUCUCGAGGAUUUAACAGAGGUCGGACGUCUGCAAUUCCGAUGCAAGUUCUCGCCAGGUAUUGACGAAUCACACGAGCGGUUCGUAGUCGACAAUGACUCCCGCGAGACAUUUGAGUCCUGGGAAGCGUGUCUAUCACAAGGUGUCCGUUCCCGCACAGUCAAAGUCGAAGUUCCUCCAGAAGUACGGGAAAAGCACGAGCAAUCAUUGAUCGACGGACGGGACGUGUUGAAACAAGCCUCGCCCUCUGAGCGUCAACGAUGGAUUGAUCACAACGGCCAUGACUGGAGUGGUGCUUUCGGUCAUGACCCACGCGCCUACACGGAUUCAUUCGGUCGCAAAGCGGCCGAGCCUGGUCGUGACCAACCUCGCCAUGACCCGUAUACUCCACCUCCGCUGAAGGGCCAACCUCCCGCGGAACCGAAUCUACAAAAUGGAGCACACGGAGAACAUGGAGAUAGCUCUGAAUCGGAAGGCGAGUCAUUCGAGUCCCUGUCUGCGGGACCCUCGACGGUCAGUGGCAGUGGUAGUGGCAGUAGCGGAGCUGGAGGUUCCUCGUCACAAGGCAGUAUGAGUACCAGACAAAUAAACAAAGCCAAUAAACAUAGUGAACAGCGACAGCAGCGUGGGAUUAUGCAAUGGCGUCCUGCUCGAAAUGCGGCUUUUGCGAAAGAUGAGGCCAAGUAUGCGUUUCACAAGAUGAAGAAGAAGCUCGGGGCGGGUGGCCUCACUGGACGUGAACCAGAUGUCGAGACGGAGACUUAA